CGAGACCGACAGCGCCAUACUCGAAGCUUCUCGAAUGCGAUUCGUAAAUGUUAAAAGAGCGCGCGGGAAGCGACGCACCUCACAAAGCUUAGACGGAUCUCACCAAGUGUGUUGCAUUCAGUGUGUUAGUCAAACUCAUAGCGAGGAGCACUUUUCGUAUAUUUACUUGCAAGAUUUUAUAGAGACUGACUAAGAAUUAACGAUGACUAAGGCACCAGCAAUUGGAAUUGAUCUAGGAACCACGUACUCGUGCGUCGGUGUAUUUCAGCACGGUAAGGUAGAAAUAAUCGCCAACGACCAAGGAAAUAGAACGACCCCGAGUUAUGUGGCGUUCACCGACACCGAGAGACUUGUCGGAGACGCUGCCAAGAAUCAGGUUGCUAUGAACCCGAGCAACACUAUUUUUGAUGCUAAACGUUUGAUUGGUAGACGUUUCGAUGACGCAACGGUACAGAGUGAUAUGAAACACUGGCCGUUUACGGUAAUUAGCGACGGUGGUAAGCCGAAAAUUCAAGUUUCGUACAAAGGUGAAAAUAAGACCUUCUUCCCCGAGGAAGUAUCGUCGAUGGUCCUUGUCAAGAUGAAGGAAAUUGCCGAAGCUUACCUCGGUAAAACUAUUACCAAUGCCGUUAUCACCGUCCCGGCGUAUUUCAAUGACUCACAGCGUCAAGCGACCAAGGACGCCGGUACCAUUUCGGGUUUAAAUGUGUUACGUAUUAUCAAUGAACCCACAGCCGCUGCCAUCGCUUACGGUCUCGACAAGAAAACCGCUGGCGAGAAAAAUGUAUUGAUCUUCGAUCUCGGAGGUGGUACCUUCGACGUCUCCAUUCUCACCAUUGAAGAUGGGAUUUUCGAGGUGAAAUCUACUGCUGGAGACACUCAUCUUGGUGGUGAAGAUUUCGAUAAUCGUAUGGUGAAUCAUUUUAUUCAAGAGUUCAACCGCAAGUAUAAGAAGGACAUCUCGACCAACAAACGAGCAGUCAGACGUCUGCGUACUGCUUGCGAACGUGCCAAGAGAACCCUCAGUUCGUCCACCCAGGCGAGCAUUGAGAUUGACUCGCUGUUUGAGGGUAUCGAUUUUUACACAUCAAUCACGAGAGCGAGAUUUGAGGAGCUUUGCGCUGAUCUUUUCCGAGGCACUCUUGAACCCGUAGAGAAAGCUUUGCGCGAUGCUAAAAUGGACAAAGCUCAGAUUCAUAGCAUCGUCUUGGUUGGUGGUUCAACUAGGAUCCCGAAGAUUCAGAAGUUGUUGCAGGACUUUUUCAACGGCAAAGAAUUGAACAAGUCCAUCAAUCCUGACGAGGCUGUUGCCUAUGGAGCUGCGGUUCAAGCUGCCAUUCUGCAUGGCGACAAGUCCGAGGAGGUACAGGAUUUGCUUCUUCUGGACGUAACCCCGUUAUCGCUUGGUAUCGAGACUGCCGGUGGUGUGAUGACCACUCUCAUCAAGCGUAAUACCACCAUACCCACCAAACAGACGCAAACUUUCACUACUUACUCGGACAAUCAGCCUGGAGUGUUGAUUCAAGUUUACGAGGGCGAACGAGCAAUGACCAAGGAUAAUAACCUUCUUGGUAAAUUCGAGUUAACCGGCAUUCCGCCGGCACCUAGAGGGGUACCUCAGAUCGAAGUUACUUUCGAUAUUGAUGCCAAUGGCAUCCUCAACGUUUCUGCCAUUGAGAAGUCUACUGGUAAGGAGAACAAGAUUACCAUUACGAAUGACAAAGGUCGUUUAUCCAAGGAAGACAUUGAGAGAAUGGUCAAUGAAGCUGAGAAGUAUAGAGCUGAGGAUGACCAGCAACGCGAGAAAAUCACAGCGAAAAAUGCUCUCGAAUCAUACUGCUUUAAUAUGAAGAGCACUGUCGAAGACGAUAAAAUCAAGGAUAAAAUUAGCGACUCUGAUCGACAGGCCGUCUUGAACAAGUGUAACGAGGUCAUCGCAUGGCUCGACGCUAAUCAAUUGGCGGAGAAAGAAGAGUUUGCCCACAAGCAAAAAGAACUCGAAGCUAUUUGUAGUCCUAUUGUUACAAAAUUGUAUCAAGCUGGUGGUGCACCUCCAGGUGGUGCUCCAGGUGGUGCUCCAGGUGGCGCUCCUGGUGGACAAUCUGCUGGUGGACCAACUAUCGAAGAAGUUGAUUAAGCAUUUUUAUAUAUGACUUGAAUGUUUCGAAGAAUUGCAGUCAAAUCAAAUUAUCAGACUUUUUCCUUUGGUACUUAUUGCUUUUACUUUCUAGUCAUUUUUAACAUUUGUAAUCACGAUUUCAUAUCAAUGUAAAGUGUGACUGCAAGCAUCAUUCAAAUUUUAUAUGCUUUUUUAUGCAAUGCCUAUUUUUAAAAUAAUGCUAAUU